AGUAGGAAAGUAAUCCAUCUACUGUAAGCCAUGACUUCUGGAGUUGCUGUUGACGAGAGUUGUAAUGCUAUGUGGUUGGAGUUCCAUAGUGGCAAAGUAAAAUCAAGAAGAGUUAUCACCUUCCGCGUCAAUGAUAAGUACCAAAAAAUCAUCCCGGAUGCUGACAAAUGGCAGCUACCAAUGCACCACUACAAUGUAAACGAAGCUGCUGUAGAAACGAAAGAAACAAUCAAAGCACUUAAAGAACUCCUCGCUGCAGAGUUGGCUGAUGACAACCAGAAGAAUGAACCGAGAUGGAUAAUUAUGUACUUCGAUUAUGUCGAUAAAAUCGACGGUAGGCUUACCGGAAAAGAAAUCUUGAUAAAAUGGUGCCCUGAUGGAGUGAAAGUGAAGUCUAGAAUGACAUUUGCUUCAUCUUCCAAAGGAUUCGUUGAUGCUCUUGAUGGUUUCAAGGCGUUGGUCGUGCAGGCUGACGAAUUAGAAGAAAUCGACGAUCUCCUCCCACGAUUCGAGAAAGGAUUACUGAAAUAGAGGGUAACGAAGUAACAUCAUGGUUACAUGGCGCCACCUCGACCAGAAUGAUCGGCUUGCGCGUCGUACAUAGAUAUUCUAGUUUUUCAUAUAUAUCUCAAUACGUGAAGAGCCCCUCAUGGUCCUAUCACCUGGUUAUAUAAAAUACAUGUCUUUUCAGCAUGGGAGAGCUCAUUGAUUAGCUUUUGAUUUUUUGUUUUGUAAAGACACGAGGUGGUUAUCUUUUCAACUUUGAACGGAUUGAUUCGGAAAAAUUUGAUAGUGAUUUCAUGUUUUUUUUGUACAAAAUUGCAACACAUGGCCAUCAAGUUAUCAAGUCAUCAAGCUCGUUCAUAUUGAAGUCGAAACGCAAUCCCUAAUAUUUGUUACUUUUUAAAUACAGUUAUAUAAUCUUUUACAAUUUUCGUGCAGCCCUUAGGCCGCGUUGUUUGAUUUUUACUCCGUUUCAAUCUAGAUUAAAAUUACAUGAGUUAUUUUGAUUACAAUAAUAUUGCGAUAACAUUACCAUUAGUUUAUAUAUGUUUCACAAUUUGUUACUAUUCUGAAA